CCCCCUUCCCACUGUCCACGCAGCAUCGGAUUCGAGUUUAUUUAGGUUAGGAUUUGUUUGCUUUACGAGGCAAUAUCGUGACUUUUGUUUUGGUCGCAUGAUUCGUCGCGGGACACCAGCCCGUAUGAAUCGUAACAUCGCGACGCACGCGGACCACGAGACACGCGCACUACCGUGCAGUGAGCGAUCAGCCCAGUCGGGAAGUGUUGUGGCCCCGGGGAAAGAAGAAAGAUAUUGUAUCAGGAUUUUUCAUCAAGUGUGCUACCUAAAUUGUCUUUCAGUGCGAAAGGGUGUACGGCAAAAGAAAAAACAUAUUAUUACAAAUAGGCAAAAUUUGGGCCGGACUGGUGUGUAGUAACAUUUCCGUUGACAUUCGACGGCAGGUCUGUAACUGAAGCACUUGGCAGUUCCUAAAUGCUUUAUCGAUAACAUAGCAACGGUUCGCAGCAUUAACGUAAAGCCGUUCUACGCAAUCCGUAUGUCUGUUGUCUGGGUGAAAAUAAUUUAAUGUAUCGCUGUGGCUCAACUGAGUUGAUGCAAAAAUGCGUUCGGAAUGUUACAACGAUGGUACUUCGUCACCAAAGCGAAGAAUCCACGCAGUAGGCAAUGGGAAAUCCCAUCAACAGCAUCAUGUACACCAACAUCAUCGACAGCAACAGCAUAGCCAACACGGAGCAGAUAGCAUGCACCGAGAAACGACGGUUCAUGACAGAAACGUGGAUUCACCAACCAUGACCGAACUACCACCAUCCAGCGGAUCCUUUCUACACAUAUCAAUCACCAAGUUGGCCAUUGGUAGCCGUCUGUUCGUGAUAGUGUUACAGCUCUUCGCUAACCUACUACUGCCGGAUCAUGAAGCUGGUGUUUUUGUGGCACCGCACGAUAAGAGCGCACCGGAACGACCGCUCGAUGCUGUGGUACGCUUCACACUAGGUGGGCUGAACCGCUGGGAUGGCCAGUACUUCUUGCAUAUUGCCGAGCAUGGAUACACGUACGAGAAUGCGCUCGCUUUCUUCCCGCUGUUUCCAUUCAUUCUAAAGAUAGUGAGCAGCGCGCUCAGCAGCUACGAGGUGGUCACGUUCGUAAGCUAUCGCGAGCUUUCGUUGCUGUUGGCAGUACUGAUGAAUGUCAUCUGCUUUACCGGUGCGGCCAAAGCGCUCUAUAGAUUGAGCAAGCACGUGCUCGGCAGCCAGAAGAAGGCGGAAAUUGCUGUCCUGCUGUUUUGCUUUAAUCCGGCCUCCAUCUUUUUUACCGCUCCGUACACCGAAAGUCUGUACGCGUGGCUCUCCUUCGUCGUGAUGUACCAGUGCAUGGAAGAUGUGACGUCGAUCUUUCUCACCAUCCCACUCAGCCUUUCGAUCCUGUGCCGUUCGAACGGAAUGUUCAACAUCGGUUUCGUGCUAUACUUUGUCGUUCGUCGCAUUGUCGCACAGUACAACUUUCACAACAUCAUUUGCAUCUGCUCGCGGCUCUUCUCGAUGCUGAUCAUCGUACUGUUUCACUACGGCAUCGCCCAGGUGUACAAUUACUAUCUUUUCUGUUUCGUGCAGAAGUUUAACUUUCCCGACCAUGUGCGCGAGUAUGCGCUGGAGCACGGACUCGUAUUGGCCGGCAACAAAACGGACGACUCGUCACCCUGGUGCACGAAUUUGCUACCCUUGUCGUAUUCGUACGUGCAGAGCCAGUACUGGAACGUGGGCUUUCUGCGAUACUACGAGCUGAAACAGUUACCGAACUUCCUGCUGGCACUACCGGCUAUUUAUUUGACGCUGAGCAACUCGUACCAGUACCUUUGCGAACAUUGGGAUUACGCCGUACGAUUGGGCCUGUUUCGACUGACCAAGAAGCAGCACAAACUAAUGCGCCCGUACGAUCGAUUUGCGCUAGUGUUUGUGGUUCACGCGCUCGUACUGACCAUCUUUUCGCUGCUAUUUGUUCACGUGCAAGUUACCACCCGAUUGCUGUGCGCUGCGAGCCCGGUACUGUACUGGUAUACGGCCGAAUACUUUACGGGCGAACGGACGUUUAUAAAGCGACAAGUGAUCCGGAAGCUUUCGAAGCAGGUUAAGGAUGGCGAAGAAAACAGCUGCACCCACGUGCUGAAUCACAUCGAGCUAAGCGAUUUGCUUGACUUUCGCUGGAUGAAUGGACGCCAGCAAGCAAUUCUGGUGUACUUUUUCGGAUACACUGUGGUAGGAACGGUGCUGUUUAGCAACUUUUAUCCAUGGACCUGAAGGAAGAAGAACUGAAAUCUUACCAACGUUAGUGAGCUAUCCUGUUCUUCAUUUACUCUUGGAAAGGUGAAGAUGCAACCGACUAUACUAUAUUCGACCAAAGGAAAACGACGGCUACCAAAAACCAAAACAUUCUACACAUUGGGAUUACACUUAUCUCGUGCCUUUUCGCUCUACAUACAUACAUACAUACUUAUAUUGCCAAAACGAAAAACAGCAACAAAAUUUAGGUAGAAACAACAUUGCACUGUUGU